CAUUCAAAGAGAAGAAUUCGAUCGAAUGCUGCUGAAUUAACGUAUUGAGAGAGAGAGAGAGAGAGCGAGAGAGAUGAGCCUCUUGUCAAACAGGAUUCCUAGGGAGGAGCUCCAGCCAGGAGAUCACAUCUAUUCUUACAGAAUAGGGUUCUCCCAUCAUGGUAUAUAUGUUGGGGAAGGUUGGGUGAUUCAUUUCACUCCAACAUGUAAAUCAGUGAUUCGUUUCAGUGCAACAUAUGAACCAGUAACUACUAGCUGCAGACGCUGCGGACACGACCCAAACAAAAAAGGGGGAGUGCUGAAAACCUGCAUUGAUUGCUUCUUGAAAGGCGACGGCCUUCAUCGCUUCGAAUACAAUGUCUCUCUCAGCUACGUCAUUCUCAAACAGGAUGGCACUUGCAGUACCUGGAGUUGCUAUCCAAGUGACGAAACUGUACGUCUUGCCACUGAGAUUUUCAAGAAAGAUGAGGUUGAUGGGACGGGGUUUGGUGAAUACGAUUUGUUGAGUAACAACUGCGAAACCUUCGCAAGUUAUUGCAAAACAGGCAAGCGCUUGAGCCGGCAGGUUAUCCAGGCAAUAGCUAGUGUGGGUUUUCCAUCCGCAUAUGGUCUUCUUCUUUCCGCGGCAGCCUCUUUACUUACUUAAGUCUUUUUCGUCAUGAUUCUGUGUUAGGGUUGAUAAAUGCUAGAGGAGCAUUAGUGUGUAUUUGUUGUGUGCUCAAUAAAUUUAGUCAGAAUAAAAUAAAUUCCACAUGUAAUGAUGUUAUUAAUAGGCCACCAUGAAGUUGGUCCUGAGACUUGUCAAAGAUCCAAGCAUUGUUCUUAGUUGAAGUAGACAAUUUCUUUCAGUUUCAAUAAUGAGGACGGCUUUAGCCUCGAUCAAAUUGUAUCUUGUACUUCCUAUAUA